AUGCCGGUGCCGCUGCAACUUUAGCGGCUGACUUACAGUUGCAGGAGCCUGACCAGGUGGUCGGCGUGGAGGGGACGAGUGUGCUGUUGGAAGGCUUUGCUUACGGAAACCCAACUCCUGACUUGGCUUGGACCAGAUCGGACGUUGACGGCAACCCGCUGCCCAUCCCGGCUAAAGCCACGUACGAGCAGUGGAACCGCUUCAUCAACAUCAGCAACGUGCAGCGGGAGGACGGCGGCUACUACACGGUAACGGCAACCAACACGGCCGGGCCGCCCGACUCCAAGAGAACCCUGCUCGUUGUGGCAG